GGCAAACGUCAGACGAUGUCGAGUGAUAGAAAAAUAAUUAAUUUCUCGACGUUUUGUGUUAAUAAUUAUGUGAAUGAUGAGAUGAAAGUGUAGAUAAAUGUUAUUUUAGUGUUCAAUAGUGAUUAUGGCGCAUAGUGGUGGUGUUUUGAGUUCGGAUAUAUCUCGGAGGAACCCACAAGAUGAGUAUGAACUCAUUCAGAGAAUCGGUUCGGGAACCUACGGUGAUGUAUACAAGGCGAAAAGACUCAACGGCAAUGCCGAGCUUGCUGCCAUCAAGGUGAUCAAGCUGGAACCAGGCGAUGACUUCGCCAUCAUCCAGCAGGAGAUCCUGAUGAUGAAGGACUGUAGACAUCCGAACAUCGUCGCGUAUUACGGCUCCUAUCUAAGAAGGGAUAAGCUAUGGAUCUCGAUGGAGUACUGUGGUGGUGGAAGUUUGCAGGACAUAUACCACGUGACGGGUCCUCUGACGGAGCUGCAGAUCGCGUACAUGUGCCGCGAGACGCUCACCGGCCUCUCCUACCUACACAGCAUGGGGAAAAUGCAUCGCGACAUAAAAGGUGCGAAUAUCCUUUUGACGGAGUGCGGGGAUGUGAAGUUGGCGGACUUCGGCGUGUCGGCGCAGAUCACAGCCACCAUCAACAAGAGGAAGUCUUUCAUUGGUACUCCGUACUGGAUGGCCCCUGAGGUGGCAGCAGUGGAACGCAAGGGUGGUUACAACCAGCUCUGUGAUAUUUGGGCUUGUGGGAUCACUGCCAUUGAGUUAGCAGAGCUUCAACCACCGAUGUUCGAGCUACACCCCAUGCGAGUACUCUUCCUUAUGUCCAAGUCGGGAUUCAAACCCCCCUCCCUUAAGGAAAGAGAGCGCUGGUCAGCCGUCUUCCACUCCUUCCUCAAACUAGCACUCACCAAGAAUCCCAAGAAACGACCCACAGCUGAUAAAUUAUUACAGCACGCAUUCUUCCAGCAAGACAUGAGCAAGCGACUUGCAAUAGAUCUCCUACACAAGUACUCCAACCCGCCCAGCCACUGCAACAACGAGCCGGACGAGGAUACUGCGAUGUCGAACAUGCCCGCCCGCAUCGCGUCCCGGCACACGGGGCGCGGCGCGCGGCGCGUGCUGGGCGGGGAGCCCGCCAAGCACGCGCGCCCGCGCUCGCUGCUCACGGACGCGCGCGACGUGCCCGCCCUGCACGACCUGUCCUCCCUGCACGACCUGCCCUCCCUGCACGACCACGACCCCGCCCACCGACGAUCAGGACUCUACGAUGAUUCUCCAAUAGUGGAUCUGGAUGCUGAUGAUGAUUUGAGCGUCAAUUCCAUGCCGAAGGUCAUUAACUUCAGUGCAGAGGUCAACAGGAGUUGUGAUGGAGAUACUGUUAAGAGGAAUGCGUACCACAGACAAUCUAGUGAAGAUUGGAGCGUAGCUUCACUGAUGACUUGUCCGAAACACAACCCAUUAACACAAGAUCUAGCCACCGACACGAUGCCAUCUAGCGAAAACAAGUGGUGUCGGGCGAUCACAGGGGAUGAUAUUAUGAGAAUGAGUUUAAGGAGCCUCUUGCAAUAUAUCGAUGAAGAGUUAAUGCUCAGGGCAACACUACCGUUAACAGCGGAAACCGCGAACAUGGCGCAGGGUAGCAACACCGCGCUAUCGAUGCACGACCAACACUUGUCUCAAUGCAUACAGUUAAAACAAAACUUUUUGAACAAUUCUACCGCGAAUAUUUAUCAAAAUCUCACGUCUUCUUACCAGACUCCUAUAGGUGCUUCUAGGGUAUCCAUCGACGAUCCUCUCUGCAGGAAGAUAGGAGAGGAUAUAAUGUACGUGGAUCAACAGGAAAACGACCAUUUGGACUUGCAAAGGAACGCUAACUGUGAAUGUGGACUAUGCCCUAAACCUGAACCUAGGGACAACAACACACUCAGCGACCUUCAAAGAUCCGUGGCAAAAUGUUCCUGCGACGUAUGCAACUCCAACGGCGACAUACUAAGCUACUACAGAAACUGCUCCAACCAAAACACAGACUCCGGCAUAGUUUACUGCGAAAAUUGUAAAAAACAAAAAAUAUCCGUGUCCAACUUCAGAGCUUUACAAAUCGCGAAUAGGUUAAGAAUAUCAGAGGAUGAUAAAUUACAGAAUGGUUCUACAGACGAUGAUUUAUGUAGGAAAAUCGACAUGAGUCUAAAUAUGGAAGACAAAGUAUUUGAACAUAGAAAAAAGCAUAAUAGACAUCAUUCAGAUUCUGUCACAGCUGGCAUAGAUUUAAAUCAAUUCUGUCAAUGCGAACUAGAGGUUAAAAGAAAAACGUCAUCUGUCGAUGAGAUUUUCAAAAUGGUGGAUGAAAAUGGACGGGACGUGAAGACGGAAGCCAUUGAUGAAGAGAGUAAGACUACGCAAAGACAAAGGAGUUUGUCUGAUAGUCAGCGGGAUAAAGCCAAGGUUGAUAAUAAGGUGGCAGGUGAGAGUGGAACUCCUCCAGUGCCCCCAAGACGGGCUAGGUCACGACGGACACAUACACCACCUCGUGCGGCCCCCAACGGUCUGCCGCCUACGCCCAAAGUACAUAUGGGAGCUUGCUUCUCUAAGGUGUUCAACGGAUGUCCGCUGAGGAUCAACUGCACAGCUUCCUGGAUACAUCCCGACACGAGAGAUCAACACAUACUUAUUGGUGCGGAAGAAGGUAUCUACACGUUGAACCUGAACGAGCUGCACGAGACGGCCAUGGACCAGCUCUGUCCGCGGCGGACUAUAUGGAUGCAUGUCAUCAAAGAUGUCCUCAUGUCGCUCUCAGGCAAGACCCCGUGCCUGUACCGGCACGAGUUGCUGGCGCUGCUGUCGGGCGCGCGCGGCCGCAGUCUGCGCGUGCUGCCGCCGCGACUACUGCCGCGACGGUUCGCGCUCACCACGCGGGUGCCCGACACCCGGGGUUGCAUGCGCUGUGCAGUGGCCCGCAACCCGUACAACGGGUACAAGUACCUGUGCGGGGCCACUCCCGCCGGACUCUUCCUCAUGCAGUGGUACGACCCGCUACGCAAGUUUAUGUUGCUCAAGAACAUAGAGUGCGUGCUGCCGUCGCCCCUGCUGGUGUUCGAGCUGGUGAUCACGCCGGACCUGGAGUACCCGCUCCUGUGUGUCGGGGCCACCAGGAAACCCAUGCGACUCAACCUCAUCAACAUCAACUCCGGCGCGAGCUGGUUCCACUCGGACGAGCUGGAGGCGUGCGUGGGAGGCUCCAACACUGUCAUCCCCAGGCCCGAGCGACUGCAUACACUCCGCGCCGUGCAUCAACUUAAUAAGGACUCCGUACUAGUGUGUCACGAGAACGUGGUGGACAUAAUCCCAGUGCUGCCCCCUAGCAUAGAGAGUCGCUGGCGGCCAGACGAGGACAAACGGAGGAACAAACUGUUGGCACGGAUACAGUUCGACUUCAAUAUCGAUAGUAUAUUGUGCCUGGCGGACUCGGUGCUGGCCUUCCACCGGCACGGCGUGCAGGGCCGCUCGCUGCGGAACGCCGACGUCACGCAGGAGAUCACCGACCACAGCCGCGCGUACAGGCUACUGCCGCAUGAUAAGGUGGUAGUCCUGGAAUCACACGUUCUUCAAAACAACACGCUUUCCGGUGAAGACGGAAACGAUCUCUACAUACUAGCUGGCCACGAAGCCUCCUACUAAGGUACAUCACUAGUAGUGCCACGGUACAGCACUAUCUAGUGCCACUGUCCCAACACUAGCCGACUAAAUAGUCGAUAAAUAAGGCUGUUUUAUUUCCCACAAGAAAUGUUCAACGUCAAACGCAAUCUUUCGUUUUAUUGUAAAAUAUUGUUUUUUAGUGAAGUUCUCUACAUGUCGAUAGAAUCAUAUCGAUAGUCGAUAUAGUGAUGUGACUUUGAGGACGCUUUUUUGUCCUAGUUUUUAGCAUUUCGUUUUGAACUCAACAGUUUCGUUUUGUAUUUUAAUAAAGUAUUAAUCAAUUAAAAGAUCACAAGUGUAUGUAUUCUUCCAUUUUAAAGCAAUAGGUUUAUUUAUACACAAGUGAGUUACCUUACAACGCUAGAACAGGCGAUUAAUCGGCAAAAUUAAUAUCGAUACUUUAUGUAAAACAUCGAUAAAGGAAGGUAACGCACGUCUCUAGUGACAGUAUUCAAAACUUACUUUAUUUAUUAUAGAAUUAGACAAAAUACUAUUUUGUAGUGUUUAGCAGUGUUUAAAACAAAAACCUGUUGGUCUUUGGGGUUGAUUCCCGAUUUGGGCAAAGGAUAAUUAAGAUUUUUGGUUUUUUCUCAAUAUUCAAUAUUAACGCAGUUGAACCAUUUCAAGUUCAUGUUAUACUAAUGUCACGAUCAAAACAAACAUAUUAUGUCUAAUACUAUAAAGAAUUAAGUUCAAAAUCGACAAAUAAUAAGUUUAAGAUACCUAGUAUUCAAAUUCAUGUUUUAAAAUGUUGAUAAUCGAUAAACUAUAGUCGAUUAGUUAACUAAAUAAAGAACACCACUAGCCUUUUAAAAGAUGGCGUACAUUCUAAAUUCAAACAUUUCGGAUAAGCAACGAUUUUAUAAAAUUCGUAAUUAGCGUGUUUUUUUCGUCGAAAUGGGAAGAUGGCAUAUUAUAUUUAUAAAAAGAAAACAUCUAUUUAGUUUCGUCAGUUAGAUGAUGAAAAAAAUAUUGAACACAUAUUUUUUCUAUAUGAAUUGUAUUAGAGUAUGAGCCUUCAGCAUGGCUUGAAACUAGUCUAGUUCGUUAAACAGUUGCUUGACUAAGCCGAAAACAUAAUAAUUAAUUUAGUAUGUCUCACGAAGGUCAGGGUAUAUGUUUUGCCCUCAUACGAAUUUUCUCACGUAUCAUGAACAAAUAUAAAUAUACACAUAACAUCAAGAUUUAGAACGAAACUGAACUACACAAAUAUGUAUAAUUCUUCUAUGCGGGUAUUGAACCCGCUUUGUUAUUGCAUCUAAAAAUUCAUAAUAGCAAAGAUACGUGUCUGAUAUCUUUCAUUAACUAACCAGACGGAUAAGACAGUCGUCUUCCCUUUUGUGUUUAGUUAUUUAUUAUAUUUAUCGAUAAUUUAGUUAAUCGAUAAAUAUUCCCCACAUCACUGCCAUUUUAAUACUUCUAUGUAGUGUAUUGUAACUCUUUGAAAAUUUAAUUUGAAUAUAACAUUACAUGGCUGCCUCGUCGGCCGAGUCGUCGCAAGUGCGAUUGC